AUGAGCUCCACGCGACGAUUCCGACAAACUCCCGGCGAGAUUCCAGAAGAGAUUUCUGUCAUCUGUAAGUGUGACUCUUCUGCAAUUGUUAGAACGUCCCGUACGGCCAAUAAUCCAAACAGGAAGUUCUUCGGCUGUCCCAAAUGGAGUCCAGGGCAGCCGCAGAAAGCAUGUCGAUUUUUUGUGUGGCAUGAUAUACAGGUGGCAAUUGAGAAUGAGAAACAAAGGUAUGAAGUUGUUAUGUCCGAUUUGAAGAUGGAGAUGGCACGCUUGAGGCAACAAAAUGAGACACUCCAAGACCGCAACAAUGAGCUCCAAGAAGAGGUUGCUGAACUACUGGUGGGAAGGUCACAACUGAGAAGUAGUUUUUGUACUGAAGAAGAAUUGUCCCGGCCUAAAAGUGAGGAAUUCCAUGAAAUUGUAGAAAGGUUGAGUCUUCUAGAGACCAUUGAGCUCGGAUCCAAUGAUGCAUAG